GAAAGGUCUUUCAGCCCCACUAGAGGUCGCAAAUGUAUGGGCUCCUGAGAGGUGUAGGUCACGUGAUGCGAGAACCUGAGAUAGGUGGUGGUGAAAAAUAGCUCUCUAGAAGAGAGAACAACGCCGGAGAGAUGUCCCAGUCCUCUUCUACAGGAUGGUUCAGAAGAACAUCAAAACGUCCCACUGGAUGAUAAGGUUUCUACAAUAUAUGAUACGCUCAGUGGAUAUCUUAUUUGUAAGAUCAUUCUGCUGACCCAUCAAGGAUGGAUAGAAACAGUGAAAAGAUGGCAGAGAGUAUAAUAAAUCUCACCCUAGAGAUCCUCUUCCAGCUUACUGGACAGGAUUACACCGUAAUAAAGGAGACCUCUAGUGAGUGCUGUCAGACCUCUGUGUUUGGAGGAUGGGAAAGAACCCGGAGCCCGAUAUAUAAAAAAGUCAACAGAGAGAAGAUCCUAGAGCUCACCAACAAAAUCAUUGAGCUGCUGACUGGAGAGGUUUUUAUAAGGUGUCAGGAUGUUGCCGUGUAUUUCUCCAUGGAGGAGAGGGAAUACUUAGAAGGAUACAAAGAUCUGUACCAGGACUUCAUGAUGGAGGAUCACCAUGCCCUCACAUCAGUUAAGGAAGAGAAAAUAACAACGGAGAGAUGUCCCAGUCCUCUUCCACAGGAUGGUUCAGAAGAACAUCCCGAUGUUCCACAGGAUGAUCAGCUUUUUAACAAUAUUAAGGCUGAAGAGAAAUAUGUGAUGGGUGAUGAACAGAACAUAGAGGACACAGAUAACCAUUCAGAUGACUGUACCAGGAGCUUACAUGAACAUCUGAGAUCUUCAGAUUUUAAAGCAGACAAUUGUGGUGUGAUAGAAGAUAUAUAUAAAGAGCAUGCAAUUAUCUCAGAUGUACCCUUGGACUUUAAAAGCAAAGAUCUAUCAUCUGAUCCUUUGGAUGGUUUCCAGUCUUCUGAUUUAUCACAGACUGUUAAGCAAAAUAAAGGUCACAGAAGAAGUGUUCCGCGCCAAAGAACCCGCACAAGAAAGAAGACUUUUUCAUGUUUAGAGUGUGGAAAACGUUUUAACCAUAAAUCAAAACUUGUUCUACAUGAGAGAAUUUAUACAGGGGAGAAGCCAUUUUCUUGUUUAGAAUGUGGAAGAUCUUUCUCACAGAAAACAAGUCUUGUUAUACAUCAGAGAACUCACACAGGGGAGAAGCCAUUUUCAUGUUCAGAAUGUGGGAAAUGUUUUAGAACUAAAUCGCAUCUUGUUUUGCAUGAGAGAACUCACACAGGGGAGAAACCGUAUUCAUGUUCAGAGUGUGAGAAAUGUUUUACAGAUAGAUCGCAUCUUGUUAGACAUCAGAGAAUUCACACAGGGGAGAAGCCAUUCUCAUGUUCAGUGUUGAGAAAAAGCUCAAUGUUACCAUUUUGCUACAGUAAAUCUUUAGUACUAAAUGAAUGGCCUUUUCUGAAGGAGUCAGAGCUGGAGUCAUAUUCAGACUGUGAUAAGAUGCAGGGUUGGAGUUGGAGUCAGAACUUUGGCUUACCGACUCCACAGCCCCCGUCAAUUGUUACCAGAGCAGCGGAUUAG